AUGGUGGAGCGACUGGAGAAGCGCUACUGCAUCAUGUUUUGCCAGAAACUGGCCGACAGGCAAGUGCACACUAUUCGAAAGAUUCAGACGGCUUUCGGUGAUGAUGCUAUGAGCAGCAGACAGAUUAAUCAGUGGUACAACCGGUUUAAAGGCACCCGCACAUCAGUGGAGAGCGAGCCACGCUCCGCUCGGUCAUCAACAUGCCAAAAUGACCAGGGCAUUACCGAAGUGAACACUGUGGUGAUGCGGGACUGUCGUGUGACUGUCCGAGAAAAUGCGGAAGAGGUGGGCAUCAGCAGUUUUUCUGCACAUUCAAUUAUGACCAAUGCUUUGGCCAUGAAGAGAGUUGCGGCGAAAUUCGUGCCGAAGCUGCUCAUGGCGGAGCAAAAGCAACUUCGUGUUGAAGUCUCACAGGACAUGCUGGAUUCCACAAACAGUGACCCCAACUUCAUGAACACCAUAACAACUGGUGACGAGUCUUGGGUGUACGGGUACGACCCGGAAACCAAAUCC